AUCAGGUCUCCACGCUGUUAGUCAUUGGCCCAGCAACACUGGCUCUGCCACCUCCUCCCUCAGUAUUUUCAGCUCCACUUAUAGUAUGAGUUCACAUGCGACUAGAUCAACUCCGGAACUGUAGCUUACAGCUGACAACAUUGCAUGACUGCUCAGUGCGUGGAACCUGCUAGAAAAAAAAGAAGCAACCUGUAGAGAGACAAGUUAUAUUUAUAGUAGUGGGAUCUCCUUGUUGUUCGCCGACUUCCUCAGACUAUGCUCUGUCUAAAGCAUUUAGGAGCAAUCAGCGCUGGUGUUUCGGUCAUUAGACAAGCGGGGAAAUUAGACAAUGGAAAUGGACAUUUGUUCCGAAGCAGUCUGAUCAGGCUGAUGCGCACGAGCGCAGCACUCCUGCAACAUCCACGUCAUCAGCACGUGAUGCUGGACUCGGAGACAGAGACGGACAGUAAGGGUGCAGGGUCUGGCCUGGAGGACCUCCUGUUUUACACGAUUACUCAAGGAGAGGAGAAAAUCUCAGUGGGACGCUUCAUCAGUGAAUUGGAGAGCACAGGAUUAUUGACUUCUGACCCUCGUUUGAGGAACUGCAUGCAGCAGCUCCAUCAUGCACUACAUGAGUCUGCUGGGACAGCAAUGAUGGACCAACAGCUCUUCAGGAAAUGUGCUGGCAGUAAUAUUGUCUUGCUCACUCAAGCCUUCCAGAAGAAGUUCAUCAUCCCAGAUUUCAUGACAUUUGCAUCCAAUAUUAACCAACUGUACUAUAAUGAACAAGCUGAGCAAGGAGGCCAAGUAGCCAACUACAUUCCUCAACUUGCUAAAUUUAGCCCUGAUCUCUGGGGUGUGGCUUUGUGCACUGUCGAUGGUCAGAGGCAUUCUGUAGGGGACACAAGGCAACCAUUCUGUUUGCAGUCAUGCAUAAUGCCACUUGAGUACGCUCUGGCUGUCCAUGAUUUUGGGACUGAGCAUGUGCAUACAUAUGUGGGAAAAGAACCCAGUGGUGUCAAAUUUAACAAAUUAAGUCUAAAUGAUGAUGAAAAACCUCAUAACCCGAUGGUUAAUGCAGGGGCCAUAGUGAUCAGCUCUCUUCUAAAGCCUGGUUUCAAGAAGGCCGAGAAAUUUGAUUAUAUGAUGGACUAUAUGAAGAGAAUGGCAGGUGGCGAAUAUGUGGGUUUCAGUAAUGCCACCUUUCAGUCAGAAAAAGAGACGGGUGAUAGAAACUUUGCAAUCGGUUAUUAUCUGAAGGAGAAAAAAUGUUUCCCUAAUAGUUCAGACAUGGUAUCAGCUCUUGAUUUCUACUUUCAGCUGUGUUCCAUCGAGGCUAACUGCGAGUCAGGGAGUGUCAUGGCCGCCACUCUAGCUAAUGGAGGAAUCUGUCCAAUCACAGGCGAGCAUGUGUUGAGUGGAGAGGCUGUGAGAAACACUCUCUGUCUCAUGCACUCCUGUGGCAUGAACGACUUCUCUGGCCAGUUUGCUUUCCAUGUGGGCUUGCCAGCUAAGUCAGGAGUGUCUGGUGCCAUGCUUUUGGUAGUUCCUAAUAUUAUGGGAGUGAUGUGCUGGUCCCCACCGAUUGAUCGUGUGGGUAACAGUGUACGAGGCGUGCACUUCUGUCAGGAGCUGGUUUCUCUCUUUAACUUCCAUAAUUAUGACAACCUGAGACACUUCGCCAAGAAACUGGAUCCUCGCAGACAUUCUGGCCAUGAUAGGAACAAGGCUGUAAUUGAGCUGAUGAUUGCAGCUUACAGUGGAGAUGUCUCAGCACUCAGAAGGUUUGCUUUGUCAGCAGUGGAUAUGGAGUUAAGGGAUUAUGAUUCUCGCUCGGCUCUGCAUUUGGCUGCCGCAGAAGGUCAUGUGGAAGCUGUGAAGUUCUUAACAGGGACAUGCAAAGUGAAUCCUCAUGUUAAAGACAGGUGGGGAAACACACCCCUGGAUGAUGCUAUGGAGUUUGGACAGCACAGUGUAGUUGAGGCGUUAAAGGAGUAUCAGCGCAUUUACUCCCACACCCUGAUGCCUGAGGAGAUCAUCACACAAGCCCAUGGUGAGGCAGAACUGGAUGCAGACGAUCUGGGGAACAUGGAGACUCUGGAGAAGCUUGUGUGAGAUAGAUGACACCAGCAUUUGAAUGAAAAUGCAUUCCUGAGAGAAAUAUAGUAAGAUGAUACAUUAGGAGUCUGCCAUGUAGAUGAAAGGUCAUAGACCAGGUGUGCUGUUGAUACUGAUGUACUGAUUAGUCUCAUGCUGAGUUCUCAUAUUAGAUCAUACCAUGCAGAUGAACACAGCUAUUAAUCAAAGUAUUAGGCUGCAUCCAUAAGGCUUGUGUGUAAUCCUUAGUCUUUUCCCCUAUGCCAACAGAAAACAAACCUGAGUAAUGUAAUAAGACACCAGGAAAUUUUUAUAACAUGACUUAGGUGUGAUGGAAGUAAAUAGUACAGUGCCCCUGAUGUCUUUGGAACUAUAAUUAUUUACCAAAACACAGGCACAUUUUAAAUCAGAUGUCAGAAAAAACUUGCAUGCUCCUGUAAAUAUUCAGUGAAUAAUAGCUUCAUUUAAAUGACAACAUUGUAGCACUUGCUCUAACAAGGUUUAAUCUUAAAACCUUUCAUAAAUUAGAGUAAAACUUCUGCCAUAAAUCCAUAAUAUGACAGUUUCACUUAUUUAAAAUAGAUGAACGCUUUACAGAUAUGGUAUGUGCUUUCAAAGCACUCAGGUGUUGUACAUGUUUGUAAAUAUGUGCAUAUUUUUGUGUAUAUAUAUAAUAAUAAUACAGCAAGGUUGUAUUUAUAUUUGAAAAAUGCAUAUUCUCUUAUUUAUUACAAUAAAUCACUAUAUAUAGGGUA